AAGCCUCGCGCUCUUAGAUCCGUAAAACCGGCGGUUCGGAGUCAGACUGGACUAGAAGCGAGACGGAAGGACUGUACAGCUUCCACUGUCCAGGAGCGAAGGGACAGACAGGGAGACAUAGAUCUGGAUCUGAGUGUCGGACUAACCCUCUGCGUCCCCUGAGAACAACUGAAGCCGACAUGGUGGGAAUACAAGCAGCAGCUCUAUUCCUUAUUACUUUCUGUCUGUCCACGCACCCUGCCUCAGGCUCCUCCUACCCCCGAGCACAGAAUGUCACCUGGGUAUCGACCAACUUUAAAACCAUUUUGACCUGGGAGCCCAAACCAUCAGCUGAUUACUCCUACACAGUGGAGUUCUACGCGACUAAUGGGGACAGACAGAGGAACCCCCACUGCAUCCGCUCCGCAGUGACAGUGUGUGAUCUGUCCAGCUCAUUAACAGACCUGAACGCCUACUACACAGCUGACGUCCUGUCUGAACCCCCGCUGGGGGCCAUCUCGGAGCUCAUCGAGUUCCCCCACACCAGCUCACCGCGAUUCAGCCCCUACAAAGACACUGACAUAGGCAGACCUGACUUCAAGCUGGAGGUAAGCGAAGACAGAAAGAAGACCACCCUGUACGUGACCGACCCGCUCACCGCCUUGUUCAAAGACGGCCGCCAGCUGAACAUCAGGGACGUCUUCUCCGAUCAGCUGCACUAUAAAGUCACCUAUGGGAAAAAUAAGAGCUCCGGAAAGAAAGUGUACACCUCUAAGACCAAUGUGAUAGAGCUGAGUGAUCUGGACCGAGGGCAGAGCUACUGCUUCAACGUCCAGGCUUACAUCCCCAGCCGCAGCAACACGGACAAGCAGCUGGGAAAGAUGAGCCAGACGCAGUGCUCCAACUACGACAACCAGUCCAUCUUUGAAGUGUAUUCGGUGGGCGUAGUCGCUGCGGCCAUCUUCCUCGUCCUGCUGCUGAUAGGCAUCGCCAUCGCCGUCACCGUGGUCUGCUGCAAGCGCAGGAACAAAGCUCUGACGAGUGGGAAAGAAGGAAUGCCACUACGCGAUGUAUAGCCAGACACACACAGACAGACAGACAGACAGAUUGUAUUUUUACACAAAAGUGUGUUUAACGUUAGUAUACAUAUUGAGUAUGUAGUGCAGAGGAUGAGAUUUUGGACGCAACCCAGUUCUAGUCCAACAUUCCUCAGCCAAACACUGGAAUCAAAUGCUUUCUUUAGUUUCUGUGAAACUGCCUCUGAAUAUCUGAAUAUUCUUUAUCAUUUCAUGCUGCAGAAAAAAAAAGAGUCUUUAGGAAAACACUGUUUGAACACUCCUGCUGUACACACUAGUCAUGUUUCUGAAGCUGUAAUAUUCCACACUUUGUCUUUUUAUAUAUUCGGUGAGUGGUACCUCUUCUGACUGUAAUAAUCACUACCAUUUAUUUAUUUAUUUCAUUUUAGUAUUAUUACUUGAAAUGAUUUGUUUUUUGGGAGACUGGUAAAUCAACACCCUUGUGUAUAUUAUUUUUGUAACUGAUGCUUAAUUUAUUGGGUUUGAGAUUAACAUCUUUGUAGGAUGUAUGAUGUCAUGAUUUAGCUAUUUUAUACUUCAGAUUGUUGCAGAUCAUUUUAUGUGGUAAAAUGUUGAAGAAAUAAAUAUUUAACAGAACAC